AUGUUUUUGUUCACUAAGAUUUUUGGGGUCCAAGUAUUGACUGCUUUCACUGGAUCCAAAAAUCAUGAAAUUAUUUCUGCUGCCAAUACAUAUGCACAGAUUCGAGGUUUUGCAUGGCCUGCAGUUCUCGUUGGCUUAGUUGCCCAAAGUGCUAGUCUAGGCAUGAAAGAUUCUUGGGGUCCUCUGAAGGCAUUGGCAGCAGCUAGUGUUAUAAAUGCCGUUGGCGAUAUAUUUCUUUGCUCUGUAUGUGGCUAUGGAAUUGCUGGUGCCGCCUGGGCUACUAUGGUUUCACAGAUUGUUGCAGCUUUUAUGAUGAUGCAAAAUCUAAACAGUAGAGGUUUUCGAGCAUUCUCAUUCACAAUCCCAUCGACAAGAGAGCUUCUGCAGAUAUUCGAAAUCGCAGCUCCUGUUUUUGUGACAAUGACAUCCAAGGUAGCAUUUUAUGCAUUGCUUACAUACUCCGCGACUUCUAUGGGAGCAAUAACUCUUGCAGGCCAUCAGGUUAUGGUUAAUAUAUUAUGCAUGUGCACUGUUUGGGGUGAGCCCCUGUCACAAACUGCACAGUCGUUUAUGCCGGAGAUGAUAUACGGAGCUAACCGCAAUUUGAUGAAGGCAAGGAUGCUACUCAAGUCACUCGUAGUUAUUGGAGCUAUAGCUGGACUGACUGUGGGGACAGCUGGAACGAUUGUUCCGUGGCUUUUUCCUAGGCUGUUUACCAAUGAUCAAAUGGUUGUACAACAGAUGCACAAAGUGCUGAUUCCAUAUUUCACUGCAUUGUUUGUGACACCUUCAGUACACAGCCUUGAAGGAGCAUUACUGGCUGGAAGGGAUCUCAGGUAUUUGAGUCAAUCAAUGGGUGCAUGCUUCUGCGUUGGAACCUUUCUUCUAUUGCUUGUCCGUGACAAGUUUAGUAGCUUGACACUAUGCUGGUGGGUACUUGUCUUCUUCCAGUGGAGUCGGUUUGGAAGCGCUUUACAACGGCUUGUUUCUCCAACGGGCAUGUUGUAUAACGAAAAUUUCAACCAGCCUGAGCAAGUCAAAGUGAAGGCAACAUAA